CCCACCCAAACACCGCUAUAUAUACCUGUCUUACUUUUCUCUAGGUUUGCCGAAUUUCCCUUCUUUACGCCUCCCUUAAGAAAUUUAAAAAUAAAAUCCGUUUUCUUACCUGGCUCGCUGAUGCGACAAUGGCGACGUCGAGAAACAAAUCGAAUCGCCAUGCUCUUUGCACGUGCCGCGUGCCACCACCAUUGAUGUCGUCGUCGCCUUCGUCGUCGUCGUCGUUCGCAUCAUCAACUGCUUCCAGUUUCAUAUCUAGCUCCUCCUCUUCUACCUCCGCUGCUUCACUUGCACGCUCCAUCUCUCCGACACGAGUGAACAUGUACAGUCACCACCAUCGCCAGAACAACCUUCAAUCUUCGUCUUCCUUGCGUUUUUCUAUCGAUCGUCCAAUCUCUCCCAAUCGUUCGAUUUCAGUGAAAAGGCACACCUCCAAUGCUAAUCCAGUGUCCAAUCAGAAGAGAACAUGCUCGUGUUCCCCUACGACUCAUCCCGGCUCCUUCCGGUGCGCUUUCCACAGGGCAUUGAUGAGGAAUAACCAUCACAACAGCCGCACUCAAUCAGUGUCUUAUCACUCAAGUACUGGAUUGAACUUUAGGCGAUCGGCAAUGACGAAUUCGCUUGUGAGGAUUGGAGGUGUGGAAGGAGAAUUAGUAAAGAGAGCGUUGUCGGCUCUGAUUCGUCCUUCUUCGCAUCAUCUGCGUCGUCGCGCCGCAUUCGAGACGAGACCCAGCCGGCUUUCCGUCAUGUCCAAAGCCGGAGAUUAGUGAAUUCCCCUGCUCCUUAGUUUCGAGAAUUUGAAGAAUUUUGAUCAGUUUGAAUCUCGGUUUCGAACGCCCAAAUUUUGAUCUCUAAUGUGGUAUUUCUCGUAGAUGAGGCCCUCUUUGUAAAGAUCAGUAUGAGUAUGCCGAUGGAUAUUUUUUUUUCUAAGUGUAAUGAAAUUUUUUUGAAGGAUCCAUUUACUGAAAUUUUUAAAUAUG